UUUCUUUUGAUACUCAGAUCAUGUCCGCUUAAUGUAUCCCGAACGGAAAAGAUGCUGUAUCGAGUGCCCGUCAUACUGUUUUACGCGUUUUGGUUUCUCUUUGGCAUUUUGGUGUUGCGGAAAACCCAAAAUGCUAUCGCUGCAGUACGGUACGUGAAGCGACACGGUCAUACGGUAGCACAGGAAAUUAUUGAAAAUUCACGCGAAUUCGAUGAUUUAAUUCACAUGCUCGACGAAGAAUUCACUCGACCGCCAGCAUUCCUGCUGCUGAACCAAUAUGCUCUCAACAUGACUUACAACUUCCUUUGCAAUACUGCUAGUCUACCAGGUGUACACGAACGAUUGAUAUUCGUCACACUGGACACAGUGGCUCGAGAUGAACUUAGAAAGAUGUGGCCGACCAUUCGACAGUUCCACUGGCCAACACCGAGUCUUUAUAAGCCGUUCAGUUUCGCUGAAGGGCCCUAUCAGACGAUCUACUUGCUGCGUGCGAAUCUGGCAGUGAGCCUUCUGAAGAAAGGGAAAUCGUUCUGGAUGAUGCAACAGGACACUUUUUGGCGGAAGAAUCUAUUUGAAGUCGGUUUCGAGGACGACAUGUCGUAUGACGCGAUAUUCGAUCAGUUGGGUGUGAACGAGAAGAGUAUGAGAACUAAUUGGGUGAACGGAGCGAAUUUCUUCGUACGUGCUAACAAUGACACAAUCAAGUUUUUCGAGAGACUGGCGGAUAAGCUGGCACACUGGUAUACACCAGAUAUGGGAGUGAUGAUACAUCAAUGCCAUACAUGGGGACGACCGAAAUGUGCAUAUUUCCCAUACGAAUUGGCUCAUUCAUGGGAAUGGAUGUAUACAGCUCAGAAAAACCCUCCAUACAUCAUGCAAUUGGACUGCGAAACAGAUGGAGGAUCGAAAUUGAUGCAGCUGGGAAAGUUUGGAUUUCAUUUCGUGGACAAGAACGGGACCUGCGAUCACGAAAAGGUUCAACAAGCACGCGAUCGAAUGGAAGCUGGACAGAUUGAAGUGCGACGAAAUUUCCCUUCCUGGGGACGUUUACAAUUCAAAGCGUACUGGUAUAUUGUGGAGUACAUUUUGUGGACACCAUACAUUGGACCGCUUCUGAAGCCGUACCUGGCCAUGGUUGGCUACAUUCUCAUGAUCACCGUCUAG